AUGACUCCGGAAAAGAUUGAUUGGGCUUUAGGUCUGUUUAAGCCAUUUAAGGCACCAGGGGGAGACGGCAUAUACCCGAUUCUCUUACAAAAAGGACUGCGGUAUGUUCGUAUACCUUUGGUUAAAAUCAUGAGAACAAGUAUAGCUCUAGGCUACACUCCUGAGGCAUGGAAAAUGACCAGAGUAGUGUUUAUUCCGAAGGCUGGGCGUGCUAGUAAUACAGCAGCCAAAGACUUCAGACCGAUCAGUUUAACCUCCUUCAUCCUUAAGAGGUUGGAGAAACUGAUCGAUACUUUUAUCAGGCAGGAAUGUCUGAUAAAUCAACCUUUACAUUCAGGACAGCACGCGUAUAGAGCAGGCUGUUCUGUAGAAACAGCCCUUCAUUCAGCAAUUUUCAAAAUAUAG